AUGGCCUCGAAGCCACUUGAGAGGCUCGGGAGAGGGGGAGGGGCCGCAUAUGUGAACGAGGGGCUGCGGGGUGGGGUGCAGGGAACAGUCCCGGGCCAGGCCAGGCGGACAGGCGGGAGGCACCGGAGGACCUGGGGCCUGGCGGCCAGGGAGGACUGCGCGCGACUGUUCCGCUCCGCCCGCGCCCGCGUCCCUCCCCCAGUGGCCUCUGCGGGACUGCAGCGGCCUCAGCAAAUUUCCGUCUGGCACCGACUUUGUGACAAGUACAAAACUGGAGUUAUCGAUGGGUCUGCAUGCAACAGCCUUUGUGUUACAGAAACUCUUUACUUUGGAAAAGGCUUAUCAACCAAGCCCAACAAUCAGAUUCUCUUUAAAGCUAAGAUGGGUGAUCAAGGAAACCUCUCUGAACUGGUUAAUCUCGUCUUGGCAGUGGCUGAUGGAGACAAAGAUGGCCAGGUUUCCUUGGGAGAAGCAAAGUCAGCAUGGGCACUUCUUCAAUUAAAUGAGUUUCUUCUCAUGGUAAUACUUCAAGAUAAAGAACAUACCCCCAAAUUAAUGGGAUUCUGUGGUGAUCUCUAUGUAACGGAAAGCGUUGAAUAUACCUCUCUUUAUGGAAUAAGCCUUCCAUGGGUCAUCGAACUUUUUAUUCCAUCUGGAUUCAGGAGAAGCAUGGAUCAGUUGUUCACACCGUCAUGGCCUAGAAAGGCUAAAAUAGCCAUAGGACUUCUAGAAUUUGUGGAAGAAGUUUUCCACGGCCCACAUGGAAAUUUCCUCAUGUGUGAUACUAGUGCCAAAAACUUAGGAUAUAAUAAGUAUGACCUGAAAAUGGUGGACAUGAGAAAAAUCGUGCCAGAGGCAAACCUGAAAGAACUUAUUAAGGACUGUCACUGCGAGACUGAUCUGGACUGUGUCUAUAGCACGGAUUGUAGAACUAGCUGCGAUCAGAGUACCAUGAAGUGUACUUCAGAAGUGAUACAAUCAAACUUGGCAAAAGCCUGUCAGCUACUCAAAGACUACCUGCUUCAUGGUGCUCCAAGUGAAAUUUGUGAAGAGUCAGAAAAGCAGAUUUAUUCUUGUAUUGCUCUCAAAGUCACAGCAAGUCAAAUGGAAAUGGAACAUUCUUUGAUACUAAAUAACCUAAAAACAUUACUGUGGAAGAAAAUUUCCUAUACAAAUGACUCUUAUUUCAGUUGGAUAUUGUUACCAUCAUAA